AUGCCUUAUGGUCUGUCCAUUUUCCAAUGUAUACCAUAUUCGUAUGCCUUACAAUAGAAAAAUUUCACGCCCCAGUAUUGAUGUCAGAAUCUUCUGUUUUUGUGGUUAUUUUACACCAGUUAGAGAUUCCAGUGGAACUAUCUUGAUUAUUUCAGCAUAUCCCUCCUUAGCACUGUUCAUGUAAAAUUAACAGUGUGUGUGUAUUUAUCUGCAUACAUAUGAGUGUGCGAUUCAAUUGACCGUUCAAUACCUGUUUAAUAAAUGAUAAUAAUGGUAAUGAUAUCAACAGCAAUACUCAUCCGUUUAAAAUUAUAAGCAGUAAAUAUGUACAGGAAUUAUCUUUACCAACAUGUCAUAAAUUCAUUUCAGAAAGGAAUAUAUCAUGUUGCUUAUAAUUGUGGAGAAAUAAAUUGAUUUUCACCUGUAAGAUAUGAUAAUGUAAUAAGAAGUGAUGACGUCGCCUAGAGACUAUUUUAUUAUUCACCAUGAUGUCCACUGGCGUCUUCUUAAUACCUUCAGCUCGGUACUAAUAAUGUUAGUAAUUAAAUUUACUAUCACAAAUGUAUAUCAUCUAGUAGUGCUAGUAUCAUCUUUUAUCAAAAAUACUGUUAUGUUUGUACUCGGAAAACAAUGACGUCUUUCAAUUGUUUCAAAAUCCGAGAUGUAGACAACUUUAUCACAGAGCCUAUAAAGGCAAAUGAUUCAAGUGGAAUUAUACACCAGGCGACAGAAAUUACCGACCUACAACAUAAUGAAAGUAAUCAAUCAAUGAAUUCUACAAGUAUGGUAACCACCGCCACCACCAUAACAACAACACUAUAACAACUACAGCUAAUUGUCAAAACAACCAGUCGAAUUUAAAGAUGGGUAUGCCAAACAAUUAUGCAUCGUAUUCACGUGGAACUCAUCAUCUCAUGCGGUGUAAACCACAUUUUCGUCAGGCCAGCUUUUCAUCUUCUGCUUUUGGGACUUGUAUGCCGAAUAAUAAACGUGAAAACAGUAACAGUACUAGUAGUAGUAGUAGCAAUAAUAAUAAUAACAACAAAGAAAAAGUGUCAACUAUAUCUUCUGCUGGUGCACAGUUUAGUCGUAACUGUUUCGGACACUAUCCUAAUCGUUUACGUAAACACUUGGAAACAAAUGUGACAAGAAGUGAUACAUCCUCAUCGUCUGGAUGUUUUCCAGUAGUACAAUCUAAUGCUGAAGUAAUUUAUGCUACCAGUGGGUCUAUAAAUGGUGGUAGUGGUGGUCUAGUUCGUAGUCAAUCAGAUUCUACGUGUUUAUCAUUGAAAGCGAUAACAGGAGAUGGAAAUUGUGUUGAUAUUGGAAAAGAUCAACAGGCUGGAAAACAAAUCAAUAUUGUCCAUGACAGUACUAAUAAUAAAAGCAAUAGUAAUCGUGUUAAUUCUUUAUCAGAUGAGUCAGCACAGAGUUCUAAUGUAUCAUCAUGGGAGAUGAAUAAUAGUAAUUCAUUGAAUGAAAGUAAUUUAAUUGAUAAGUAUAAUUUGGAAAUAAAUAAUAAUAAGUGUACAUCAUCACUGCUGCCAUCAUUAUUAAACUCCUUAUCACCAACAUCUUCAGUGCAUGUGAAAUACAAUAAGCUAAAUAGAACAGAAGAAGUAGGCAGAGAAACAGAAGACUAUGAAAAUGACAGACAGAAUCAAAAUGAUAUGCUGGCUAGUUUCAUGCGAAAUUCUACUACUGGAUCUACACCAAGCACCGGAUUUUCACCUGAUCCAUGUAAUUAUUAUAGUCCAUCAAUUAGACUGUCAGAAUCUGCUUAUCCACAACAGCAAAAGGUGAAACUGAAAAGUUUAACUACACCUAAUAGUCUUUCGACUCCAACAACGCCUAGUCGAAGCUACCAGCUUAUCUGUCGUAAUGGAGUACAAAGUUAUACUUUAGUAACCGAAAAGCGUACAGGAUCUUCUGCAUCACCAGAAAACAUAGAUUUUGUUGAUCAUAGUUCAGAAAGUUCUACUUGCCUUCAUGAUCCACGAUCCCCUAACUGCUGUCCAUCAUCUAAUAUUGCCAAUUCUGAUAACAUCAGAUUGGUUAAUGAUGGACAGUCUGUUUAUACAGAUCAUUUAAUUAAUCAACACCACCGUGAUACUGUGACACCUGGUUAUCUUACAAAAUCCUAUGAAAGUACAAAUUAUUCAGGUUUAGAAAACUCCAAUUAUCCUACUGAUACUCAUAUCCAGUCACUUCAUCAGUAUCAUGCUAGUGUUCAAAGUGAUAAUGCUAUUAAUCCACCAUGUUCGGUGAUUUCUACAUCUAAAGUCAGUUCUACGCAUCCAUUCCAGUUGGAUGAAAUCGGUACAUCAAGCGUUAUCAAUGCUUCUCAUUCUAGUCGAUGUCCUCCAUUCUAUUCUGAUUCAUUUGAUAUAUCCAAUAGUAAUAAUACUACUACUAAUAAUAAUAAAACAUUUGGACUGCAUUCCGAAAAUAUUGAUAGAUACUGUCAAGUUAACCAGUCAUCGACAACAGACAAACCCACUGCCCCACUACCAUCUCGUAAGCAAAGACCAUUAUCUCCAUCUUCACCAGUUGCUUCUAUUACCACUGGAAUUACAACUCCGGCGUCUAUUAUUAACAUGCAUCAACAUCAUACAAAUAUAAAUUCAGUUGAUCACCAUCACCAACAACAGCAACAACUUUUUACUCCCAAAUUACCGCAUCAUACCAACAUUCCACAUGGUAAUCCCAGUAUGAAAUCAUUAACACCAGCUCAUGCACACUGUCAGGAAGUAUAUCAAUAUCAGAAUACCAAUAAGUCAACUAGUGGAUGGUCAUCUUCCUCAGGUGGUGGUGGUAGUAGUGCAGGUGGAGGCGGCGGAGGUCGUACCACAACAUCCAACAAUAAUGAUCAUAAUAAAUCGGAUUAUUAUCCAGCUACUAAUUCAGAUCAGUUUAUUGUUGGAACUAGUGGAGAUGGAAUUAUAAAUUAUUACAGUAAUAACUAUAUUCAUAAAACCAAUGUUUCUAGCACUAUUGCUACCACUACUACUAACAAUAUUGUCAGUAGUAUAGGCUUUGUGAAUUAUAAUAACUCUGGUGGUAGUAGUGAUUUGUCAAUACCAAAUAGUCCACAUCGUAGCCCUCGCAAUAUCAAUACUCAAAAUCCAGUAGGACAAAAUACUACUGAACAACCUGUCUUUCAUGCUGCUGUGUGUGCUACACCAACUGGUGCGGGGUUACAAGCUUCUGUAUCCGUCCAUUGUUCUUCAAAUCUUCUGUUGAAAUCAUCGUCAACUUCUGUGCCGUCUACUACGACUACAACAACUAUUUAUUCAGGAAAUGCGGAUCCAACACUUUUAAACAAAAUGCCUUUAACUUCUUCACGAAUUGUUAAUAAUCCAUGUGCUGCACCACCAGGGAAUCAAAAGUAUUCGAAUCUAUCUUCUCAUCCGCCACCUCCUCCUCUUCCACAACAUCAUCUUCAAAACCAGCAACAACAACAACAACAAGAGAAGACAGUUGAAGUAAUGAUUGAUGAUCCAGCAAAUGAGAUGACAAUCAGUGAACUACGUUCAAUAGCUGAACGUCAACGUCAACAGCUAGCUAGACAAGCUCAACAAUUACAAGCUAGAGAAGAACGUCGUGCAUGGUUACGUUCAUUGAAUUCACAACGUACAGCACUCAAUAAAUGUGCUGAAAAUGAAAAGGCCUCUAAUAAUAAACCAUCAGAUUUAAGUCAAGAACAAGAGAUUCGGCUACACAAAUUACGUGGUUUUCGUGGUCAAACAGAACAAGUUCGUUUGAGUAAUGAAAAUCUAGUAAAAGAAAUUGAUCGAUUAGCCUCAUUAUUAUCCAACAAAGAACGUGAUCUACAAGUAUGCCGACAAAGAGCAGAUGAAGCUGAACGCAUGCUAACUUUAAUUAGCCAAUGGCAUAAUGUCAUUGCAAGUGCACGUCGGCAGACAGUCAGUCAAACAGGAACAACACCUGGCACUAAUGAAACCUCUUCUUCUUCUUCCCCUCCGCUUAACCUACCAUUUAUGCAACCACCUUUCUUUACUGAAUUGGAUAAAAAACGUUGGCAUGAUGGACUUGUUGAAGCUGAUCGUUUAGAUAGACAAUUUGCUGUAGUUUUUGGACGUAAACCACCAAUACAAACAUGGUCUUCUAGUCAAAGUAAUAUAAACUUUAGUGGUACACAGAUAUUGGAUAAAAAAUCAACUUCAUCAUCAUCAGCAGUAGCAUCAUCAUCAACAUCAUUGCCAUCAGUUUCUGUUACAUCUGUUCCACCUCCAUCCUAUUCAUCAUGUCAUCAAGCAUAUUCUAAAUCUAGAUUAAUCGAUCAAAGCCUAAAUGUCCACGAUGGUCGUUCUGUUCCUGGUGCACAACCUCCACAUAUUCCCAUUUGUCAAUCGACUCCUAUUGUAUCGAGAACAACAAACACUGUCAUGUCAACGACGACAACUACAACAGCAAACACUUCAUUCAGUUCAUUGCUUACACGAGCUAGUAGUCCGCCUACAUCCAGUCGUCGGACAUGUUUGCGUACAUUUAUGCAGUUACAUCCCGGUUUCAAUGUUUGGAGCCCGAAUACAACGACUACCAGUAAUAAUAUAAGUCAAGAUAAUAUGAUGUCCCCUGCACCAAUUCAUCCAUUGCCUAUACCACGUAUUAAAGCUCCACCAAGAUAUGCAUCACGUGCUGUAAUCAACGAUACAUACAUGCGUCGUAUUUGCCGUGAUAGUGUUGAGAAAUACAAACGUACAGCUAGUGAGAUAUACUUAGCCAGUGUAAAUAAAUUAGGUGUAAAGUCACCACCGCUACCUCUACAGCAAUCAUCAACACCGAUGGCACCAUCUUUAGUGUCAUCUGAAUGGUCAAAUAGCUCAGUCGUUUCCGACAAUCAGCAAACAUCUCCCAUGACAACAACAACAACAACAGGGAAUGACCGAACCGUGAAGAAAAUUGAACCGGUGAAUAGAACAUCGCAAGAUAUGCGUGAUAUACACCAACGAGAUUCAUCUUACACCUCUCAUCCUCAGUAUGUCACCAAAACUAGUGAUAUCACUGCUGUUACUAAUGAUAAUAUUAACAACAAUAAAAUUCCUGAUUAUUCUGCUCAGAAAGUUCAGUCUUCAGUUCACUCAACUACUACUGAAGUACCUUUAUCCUCGUCUCCGUCUGCAUCUUCAUCAUCGUCUUUAGAAUUAAUCGGUAUAGAUAUACAACCAGAUGAUGAACAGAAAUUAUCUCUAUCACCUACUGAGCUUGAUUCACCUGAAGAUGAUCAAAAGCAACAGAAUUCUGGUGAUGUAGACAGUGGUCUAGGCGGUUCUGAUCAUACUAUCAAGUCAGAACACCACCACCAACAACAACAACCACAAGUCAAGAAGUCAUCAUCCACCUUACAGUUAAGCUCAUUAGUCACAAAAUCCGAAACGAAAUUAGUAAAUUCUACUACUAUUUCCAGUAAUGCCGAGAUUCAACGUGGUGAAACAAAAAUGAAAGAGGUUUCUCCUAGAACUGUAGUGUAUGUGGAUGAAGGACAUGGUACAGACGCUAGUACACUCAACACGUCUGAAAAACAACAAAUUAAACCUAUUCUGCGUAAAUCAAAAUUAUUCCAAUCACCACUUACAUCGAAACAAAGUCCAAGUUUAGACGGUGUAACAGAAACAACCCAGUCAUUGUCAUCUUCACCGUGUCAAUCGAAUUCUGUACGAUUUCAUCCAUUAGCUUUAUUGUUAGACGCUGCUUUAGAAGGUGAUUUAGAGUUAGUGAAAAAAGCAGCUUCUGAGGUUGUCGAUGUUUCUGAGUCAAACGACGAAGGUAUCACAGCAUUGCAUAAUGCUGUGUGUGCUGGUCGUGUGGAUGUAGCUGAAUUCCUUGUGCUUACAGCUGGAGCUGAUGUUAAUGCUGGUGACACAGAUGGUUGGACACCAUUGCAUUGUGCUGCAUCCUGCGGGAACUUACCCUUAGCUAAACUUUUAGUGGAACAUGGUGCUUCUUUGCAUGCUCGUACUUUAUCUGAUCAAGAAACGCCUUUAGAGAAGUGUGAUCAAGGUGAUGAAGAAGCUGAAUGUGAAGAAUACUUAUACUUUCAACAUGAACGUCUUGGUUCUGCUUCAUCUGGUCGAGUAUAUGCACUAUUUCCUCGUGGUAUAGAAGCAGCUGGACCUGGUUCUAUAGAUGCACAUUUAGAAGCUGAUGAGUUACCAAUGAAACCGAAUGAAGUAUUAACUAUUAUAAAUCGUGAACCACCUGGUGAAAUAGAAUGGAUGUUGGCUGAAAAUUCUGAAGGUCAAAGAGGUUUAGUCCCGCGAUCACACAUAUCAUGUUAUCCUUUAGUACGUAUCCCACCGGCUAGUUUACCAAUUAUGGAAAUGCCUAAGAAUAAUUUUACAACGAAAUCAAUAAUUUGGAGUGAAUAUGACGAUGAGGAUGAUGAUGAUGAUGACUGCGAAGACGAUGGUGAAGGCGAAGGUGGUGGUGGUGGUGGUGAGGCAGAUGCAAAAGGUGAUCAUUAUCAGGCUAUGGAUUAUAAAGGCUGUGAUGAUAAUCAGUCAUUACUUGGAGGAGAAUCAAAACUACAAUUUAUUUCAUCUGAUGAUAAUUUUGUUAGUGAUAAUGUUAACAAUAAUAAUAAUAAUAAUAACAACAAAGAUCGUGGUUAUACACAUGUUUCAGUGGAAAUCAAUGAUGUUUCUACAGCUAAAUCACAAUCAUUGUCAUCAUCACUAAAUGAAGUUAAACAAUGCAUUUCUCGUCCAUCUAUUAAUUUCACUGGACUUAAAACUGACGAUCGUCAGUCAUCAGAUGAAUGUAAUUCAGUUGAAGCGUUUCUAGUCUUGUGA